GUGUAUGGAGGCUUGGUUGCGUUGCUAGUGUAGAAUAUGUCACACAAACGCACAUUUUUUCUAUGUCUGCUAAGUUGAAAUCUAUAUGCGUUAAAUAUCGUCCUCUGUCCAUGGUGUACGUGAAUAUAUCACGAGGAGUUAUCCUGCGGGAUAUCAAGCCUGAAAAUUUCGCGAUGGGCAUCGGGGAGAAGUCUGACAUCGUGCAUUUAUUCGACCUCGGUUUGGCGAAGAUCCAUCCACAGGAGUACGCGUCAUUUUGGACGGGGUUGGUGCGGCGCAAUCUAAUUCCUGCUCGAGGCUGACGAGGAGCAGAAGGACGGCGAGACGAUCUUGAAGCACUGCGAAUCGUCCUACUAUAUCUCUUGCAUGGUUGUCUGCCUUGGCAAGGCAUAUACUCACCAAGCAUCGAGGCCAAGCUACUUCGAAUUAGUGAGACUCAAAGCUGGUUCAGCAUUCCGAGACUUGCUUGUACGCUCACCUGUGGAACUCACGACGUACUUCGAUCACUGCCGCGGUUUGAAGUUCGAAGACAAGCCGAAUUACGCAAUGCUGAGACAGUUGUUCGGUCAGAUAAUGGAUAGGGAAGGGUACACCAGGGAUACCAGGUUCGACUGGGUGGAUGGAAGUUCCCAAAACGGUAUACACUGGUGCCUGAGAACUAUCACUGGGACAUCCGAUUCACAGAGGGAGAUGUGUCCAUGCUACAGUACCUGGAACCUUACUUUUAUUGACCGCAAAGUACUUGAAUGCUGCACAAAUGUCGCCCACUUCGAGGUCCUGGCAUUAUGCAGACUACCUAGAAAUGAUGUGCUAUAUAAGUAGGUCAAUUUCUUUGAGGUGAGAGACGAAAUAUCGGUGACCAAUUUGCAACCUUGCAUGAACGCAAAUCAUCUCGUGGUAUACAUACCGCUUCGCAAUGGUAUCAGGUUGCUUUGUAGCCCUCAUACAGCUUUGG